CCCCCCCCCAACCCCCAGCUCUUUCCCUGCCGCCUGAUUGCAGCGAGCGCUCGGCUCUGCCGUGAUUGGAAAGGCCCCAAAUUGCGGCCACUUUUCCCAUUAAGUGAGAAAGCGGCGCCUGCAUCCAAGCCGCAAUUUCUGGGUGGAUGGCACUGCGGUCCCCCAUUCCCUGCCCCCAUCCCCACUCCCCCUGCAAGACCCCCCCUCUGCAGCCCCCAGCUCUGUGCAGAUCCCCACACCGCCCAAAGGGACCCCCGUUGCCACCGCUGCAGCGCUGGUCCUGGGAGUCCCCAUGCAGCCCCCAUCCCCUCCCACCUCCUUUUCUCUCCUGCACACGUCAGGCUCUGGGAGUGGGAUUUUGGCUCUAGGACUGGGAUUUUUCCCAUCCCCACACGUCACCCGCGUUCUCUGGCAUAGCUGACAGCUCCCGGUCACGUCAGCAGCUCCCAGGUGGGGCUGUGUCGUGCACGGGCACCAUGUGCGGGCAGCGUGCACGUGGGGGGGGCACGUGCGUGUGCAGGGACACCUCGGGCUCGCCCCCCCCUCCCUGAGUCCCCCCCGGGGCUGUAUCACCUCCCAGCACGGGGACCCAUCGCCCAUACAUGGAGAUGGGCAGCGUCGUAAACAAGCCCGGGGCACUGCUGCGCUUCGUGGCUGCCUCGCACCCGGCACCACACAAGUAGGUGUUAUUAAUUAAUUAGGCCGGCUCUGGCCGGGCUCCGAUUUAAUUAACAUCCCCGGCUUUGCAGAUGCUGCCCUGCCCCGGGCGGCGCUGCCACGUGAGCAGCUGCGUUCCUGCUGCCAUCCCACGGGGUCUGCAACUCAUCCCAGUGCAGCGCUGGGGCUGGGCUCCCCCCACCCAUAGACCCUCAGUCUGUGCAGCCGUGGGGCAGGGAUGGGUGUGUUCAGAGGGGGCUGAGCUCCACUCUGGGCCUGGGGUCACACACAGGGGGGACAGAGGGGACAUGGCCACAGAUGGGGCCACGCCUGGGAGCGCUCCUGUGGGCUGCACAGGACUGGGAUGGGGCAGGAGGCACAGGGUCUAUGAGGUCUGUGUGUUUGUGCACAGAUGGAUGGGCGUGCACCUCUCAGAUGCGUGCAUCCCAUUCAGGUGUGCAUCCCAUACACACACACAUGAUCUCAGCUGAAUCCCACAGCACCGUGAACCCCCCUACAGCGUUCCUGCAUGGCAGACAUGACCACCGGUGUGGCACAGCCGAGACACAGACAGCUCGCACUGCACACACACACACACAUACACACUCACCACGAGGCUGUGGCACCACCAGACGUGCAUCCCCCCAUGCACGGGGCGCAGUGGUGUCCGCGUGCCACCCCAACCCCUGUGUGCCUGCGUGGGCCGUGUGCUGCAGUGCCUGGCGGUGUCACGGUGCCCGCGUGGGCGUGAAGUUGUGGGGUGGGGGUGCCACCCCCCGCGGCCCCCAUUGGCGGCUCUCCUCUCGCCCACCCACGCCGUGCCACGGGCAGAGCCCCUUAUUUAACUCCGCAGCGGCGGUGGGGCUUCAUCUCCAUCGGGCUGAGUGCACUGAGAGCCAUCGGUGCAGCCACCAGCGAGGUCACAGCCGGCGCUGCAUCCCUGCACCCCUCACCACAUCCCUGCACCAGGUACUGUGUCCCUGCACCCAGCACCAGGUACCUUGAGGCCUCUGGAGCAACCACUGCCUUUGCUCCUCACCCUACACAGGCUGGGGGGGCUCAGGGAUGGGGGCACAGAGGGCUGAAGGCGCUGCUGGGAUGUGGGGAGGGCUGGGGGCUCUGGGAGUGGGGCUGUCCAUCAGUGCAUGCAGCUGUGCAUGUGUUGGUGAUAAUGUGGGGGUGUGAGUGUGCAGGGCUAACCUGUCUGUGGUCUGUGCAUGUCCGUGCUCGGUCUCAUGCACAUUUUCACGUCCCUGCAUGGCACAAACUGGGCAUUAAGGUCACUGUCAGGUGGUGAGGGUCUCCCAGCUCUGAAGCAGAGCCAUGUUCACGCCCCCUGCAUCCCCACAACACCACUCCUGCAGCAUGCUCCCCACAGGCAUCCCUGGGAACACACCCCCCCAUAACACACCCCCUAUAAUGAGUCCCCCCUAACACAUUCCCUAUAACACAUCCCCCAUCACACGUCCUCCCAGGUUUUCCCCGUGCCUCCCCCCCACCACCACCCGUGUUGCGGUUCCUGCUCCUCUUGCAGCCGGGUGGGAGCCCCCAGCCCGCACCUCCUGGGUGGGGAUUUGCUCCCAAAGCCGCUCGCUGCUCCCCACCCAAGUUCUGCUCCGGGUCCGAUACCAACGCUGACGCCCCCUGACCCACAAUCUCCGUAGGACGAUGCGGAGCCGCGCGCUGCUGGCCGUGCUCGCCCUGGCGCUGCCGCUCGCCCUCUCCGCCCCGCCGGGCUCCGCGCCGCGCUCCCAGGUACGGCCGCACCGUCGGGGCUCGGGGGUGGUGGCACCGCACGGCUCCGCUCACCGCUCCGCUUCCCGCAGAGGGGUCCCGGCCCGGAACCGCUGCCCUGGAGAUCCCGGGGCAGCCCGGGGGCCGCCGUCGCCGCUCUUCUGCAGUUACUGCGGGAGGAGGAGAACGGUGAGAGCGGGGCGGGGCGGGGUGCGGGGGGCCGGGAGGCGCUGGGGGGUCUCUCCCGGUCCCCGUGCGCGCCCCGACGGCAGCGCUCAGCGCCCGCUUCUGUCUCCCGCAGGUCCCCCGGCUCCCGCGCCUCCUCAGAAGCGUAAGUGCUGCCCGCCCCGCACCGCGCCCGGCCCCGCAGCGGAACCGAGGCGGGGCCCCGCGGAGAGCACAGCGCGGAGGGGGCCGGGCCGGGCCGGGCGGGCGCUGACGGCGCUCUCUCCGCAGGAGACAUGCACGACUUCUUCGUGGGGCUCAUGGGGAAACGGGCGGCGGAACCCGGGAGGGCGGCGGGCGGCGGCGGGGGCGCGGCCGAGACGGGACACGCUGAGCACGGCCCCUCCUCCCGCUGCUCCCCAGGACCCCCCCCGGACGGCCUUCGGGUUGCCAGGCCCCCCCGCCCCACGCCGUGAGGAGCGGCCUCGACGGGGCGGACGGGACGCGGCGGAGCCGUCGCGGGAGCCCCGGGGCCGCGCCGAGAGCGGAACGCGCGUGUCCGAACCGCGCUGUACGCGCACCGCACGCAUACAGCACCGCACAGCCCGGAGCCGCGCCCGCCUCUGUGUCUGCGCCGGGGUUUGGGGCGAGGGGAGGGGAGGGGAGGAGCGCGCCGCUUAUCGCGACCCUCCCCGUAUCGCGACCCGGACCGCCCCGCGUUCCCCCCCGCAGUUCCCCUCCGGGCCGCUGCGGCGCUGUGGCCCCGUCGGAGCGGGCGGGCGGCGGAAGGCGGCUCCGGUGGCGGCGGGCGCUCGGAGCGGCGGGCGGAGGGCGGAGGGCGGGGCGGUGCCUUUGUGUGAGCGAGCGGGGAUGGUGCGGGGCGCCGGGCGGAGCCCCUUGCCCUGCCACUUGCUGGAUGCCGGGCAGCACCUGCUGCCCCCGCAGCUGAUGAGGGCGUGAAGGAGCAGCUGAGCAGGAG